GGGGCGGAAGCGGCGGCCGGUGCGCGGCCAUGGGCACCCGCGGGCUGAGGGGCGCCGUGGUGGAGCUGCAGCCGGGACAGGCCCGCGAAGGCAGCACAGACAGACGGCCUGCCGAGGGCCAGCCCGUGGUCAUCCUCCUGGGCUGGGCCGGCUGCCAGGACAAAUACCUGGCCAAAUACAGCGCAGUCUACAGCCAGAAGGGCUGCACGGUCAUCCGUUACACAGCUCCAUGGAGGAUGAUAUUCUUCUCCGAGACCUUUGGCAUCAGAUCCCUGCAGACCCCAGCCAGGCGACUCUUGGAGCUGCUCUUUGACUACAGAGUUGAGAACAGACCGGUUCUUUUCCACGUUUUCAGCAAUGGUGGUGUCAUGCUGUACCGUUACAUCCUCGAGGCGCUGCACGCCCACACGCCCUUCCAGAGCCUCAGGGUAGCCGGCACCAUUUUUGACAGCGCCCCUGGCAGAAGAAACUUGCGAGGAGCCCUUCGUGCCCUGGCAACUGUCCUGGCCUCCAUGAACGUGCUGCUCAAGUAUCUCCUGCUGUUCACCUUUGCCACCAUGGCCGUUGUGCUGCGGGUCCUGCUGUACCCCCUGACCCGCUUCCUCCACGAGAGCCAUUUCGACGCCCUGCUGAAAGCGCCUACACGCUGGCCCGAGCUCUACCUCUACUCCCAGGCCGAUCUCAUCAUCAAGGCCAGCGAGAUUGAGCUCAUGGCCAGUGCCCGGGAGCAGCUCGGGGUUCCUGUGAGAGCCGUGGACUUCUCAGAUUCGCCCCACGUCAGCCACAUGCGGGUGUACCCCACCUAUUACCGCAGCCUCUGCGCCACCUUCCUGGCUGACUGUGUCGGGGCCUCGCCUCCUUAGUGCUCUAACCACCUGCAGUGUUUGCCGCUCCUUGCUCAGCUCUGAUGGGAAAUGUCACCUCCUUUGCUUUUGUGUCUUUGAACUGAGGAAAGUAGAGGCUUCCUUUUUGUUUUGUUGGUUUUUUUUCCCCUACUGUCUACAAGUUUGAAAGCCUCCAGCCUGGCCUUUGGACCAGCCACGUUGGAGCAGACAGUAGAUAUGGAUUAAUUUAAAGUCCAAGUCCUGAAGGUGAAAUCCUGUCAUGGUUCAUGUUGAUGUGCUCUACCAAGGUGUCACAGACCAGAAUCUCACACUGAGUAUUAUUUGUUUCUUCCUGUCUCUUCUUGUUCUCGGCUCUCCGUGUUGUCUCCUUGUCCCUGAUGUCCCAGGUGCAUGUUCUGUUGCUUGUAUUAAUUUUACAAUACAGCUCCUCCAUGUCUUUCUUGUUUUGUUGUUUUUUUUUCUCUCUGCUAUUUCUUUUAUCUUGCAAUGAGCAAACAGAGACAAGUCUGCAGGACUUUCUACUUUUCUCAGUGCAUCUCAGCUCUUGUCGUACUCUCCUUGCUACAGAUCAGGCCCUGAAACCAAGUGUGAGACCAGGAGAAGGUGUGUGUAGGGCAGUAUGACCAGACUCUGCUCUGGUUCCAUUAAAUAGCUGAGAUAAAACAGUCAAAGCUCUCUGAUCCUUGGUGGGAGCUCAAAUGUUUGUGAUAACUUUUGUGUUCUUCAGGAUUUAAACUAACAUUUUUGAAUGUGUCUAGUGUUUUUUUCUCUUCCUUCCAGUCUUUUGUGCAUUCUACUGAGUAGUUUUGCUUUCUUGGAGAGCUACUUAUUUGUUAAUUGUAUG